GUUCCCUUCCUCCCGGGUGGGAUGAGCGUCGCUCCGCAGCGGCCGCUGCCUGCGUCCCGGGGCCGCGCCGUGUCCGGGUCCGUCCCGUGUGAGACCCGCCUUGGUGCAGGCCGUGGGGCGGCUCUUGCGGGGAUGCUAAUGGAGGAUCCGACUGCCACUUGUCUGUCUCCCCCAGUCUAUGAUAUGAUCUGUAAACUGGGCUUCGAAGUCAGAGAAAAUUGGGAUAUCGAUCGCAUUGUAACCCAGAGGGGAGACGUGUGCUGGCCGACCAUCACAGCCUGUGUGAUGUAUACACGGUCAGGUCUGUGUGCUCUCAGCUCCCCGAGCGCAUCCCAGAGUCUGGAUUACCGGGGCAGCGUGCGGCUGCUGGGCCCUGUGUGUGAGGCCGUCCACUCACAUUUGUUAUCUCUGACCAAGGGACAGUUUGAGACCCGAUACGCGCCGUGGCUGCAGUGGACAGCUUUUCCAGAGUUAUUUCCUGAAAUAUUUGCUGCUUUGGAAAGCCUCCAGGGUCCCGCCAUCUCUCUUGGCUUAAUGAAACUGACGGCGUGUCUAGAACGGGCUUUGGGAGAUGUGCUCGUCCUGCUCGGGAAGGACUGCCCCUUCCUUCUGCGAGACCUGCUUGCGUCUGAGGAGCUCGCUGCGGUCUUCGGGCGGCCUGUGAUGGACGUGCUGAAGGUCUUCGUCGGAUCCCCGUGUGGACUCAACUUGCGUAACGUGCUGUGGCACGGGUUUGCCUCCCCUCGCGAGAUCCCCCCGAAGUACUGUUCAAUGAUGAUGCUCUUGACCGCGGGGCUGGGCCAGCUGCUGAAGAGGUACUUGGAGCAAACGAGACGUGUGCUGGCGCACCGACCUCGCGUAGCUCUCCCACACCUGGAGGAGGCGGCUGUUUUCCCUGACGUUACGCCCGAGGUACUUGGCGUGUUAGAAGACGUGAUGAGGAACUCCACCUUCAUCCGGAAGGUCAUGAUGCCGUACUGGGAAGCUGCGUUCCUCAGCUUCCGGUCACACAGGUUUGCUGACUGUGCCGUGUUGUUACUGACGCAGCUGGAGGCGGGACUUAGGAGAGUUUUUGCCGCCGUUAACCAGUGUCCGAGAAGACUUCUGACCGCUGAGCCCACGGCUCUUUAUACCACCUUUGAUGAAAUAUUGGCAAAACACUUGAACGACGGUAAAAUCAAUCAGCUUCCUCUUUUCCUUGGAGAGCCUGCGAUGGAGUUUCUUUGGGAUUUCUUAAACCAUCAGGAGGGCCCUCGUAUAAGAGACCGUUUAAGCCACGGGGAAAUCAACUUACCUGAAUUUCCAAAGGAAGCAGCAGAUCAGUUGCUUGCGUUUUCUGGGGUCCUUUUGCUCAGAUUCGUUGAUGAAGAUCUGUCAGCAGCCUUCAAGGAAGAAGCCGCGAUCGGAUCACUGGCCGCUCUCGCAGACGGUUACCGCGCUCACUUCCACCCAGUUUCUCAGCUGAAAAAACAGGUGCUGAGCUGUGAGAAGAGCAUCAGGGUUUGGCCCCUCCUGCCUUUGCCAGAAGAGGCCGCCCGAUCAGUGGCUACUUCCGAAACACAUGCCUGCGAGGCUUUCGUCACAGAAAUCCUGCGAGAGCUGCUCCGCCAUCUGCCCGAGCGCGACGGCCUUGUCAGCGGCUGGGAUGGUCUCCCCGCUGGGAGGUGGCCUGAGGCGAUCCAGGAACUCUGCGGCACCCCCAUCUGGACUCUCUUCUGUCCCAGAACCGUCCUGGAAGUGGUCACUGUGCUCCGAAGCAUCGGGGCCUGCUGCGCCUGCGUGUCCCGCCAGGUCGCCGCCUCGGUAGAGCUGAGACACCGGCAGUGGGUGGAAAGGAGGCUGCGCUCUCGGCAGAGGCAGACCUACCUGCACAUGGUGAGCAGUGUUAAGCUUCUGUCCCCUGUGCUUCAGUUGAUUUUAUUGCUGAUUGCCCUGGAGCUGGUCAACAUUCACAUGGUUGGUGGGAAAAGUCCCUGUGAAUAUCAACAGUAUCUAAAGUUCUUGAAGUCCGUCUUGCAGUACACGGAGAAGCUGGUGGUUUACACCAGCCAGCAGAGGAACAAGUGGAGCGAAACUAUCAGUCUUACUCGGGCCGCUCUACUGAAGAUGUGGAAUUUUACUGAGAAGAAGCAAAUGUUGAUACACUUAGCCGAGAAAUCUGCAAGUAAAGGAGUCCCGUGAAAACA